UGCAAAAUAUAAUGACAAAUCGUAAGCGUGCAAGUAGUGAGAAAGGUCGCAUAACGAAUACAAGUCGAAUGAAAUGACAGUUUAUUAGACCGCGUUAAUGCAUGUGUUUUUAUGUUCGUCCGUUAUAAAUACAAAUAAAAGCAUUUACCAAAGCAAAGUUAAGAAACAAGCUCUCUUAAACUCCUUUGAAAUUAGGCGACUCGUGAUUUAAAAAGCUGUCGGAAUGGAUCCGUUGUUAUAUUUGGGUGGGUUAGUUGUUUUGUUUUUAUUAUGGAUUAAAGUAAAGGGCUUGGAGUACGUGAUAGUACACCAGAGAUGGAUCUUUGUUUGCCUCUUUCUCCUUCCCUUAUCCGUGAUAUUUGAUGUGUACUAUUACCUGCGCGCAUGGAUCAUCUUCAAGAUGUGCUCAGCGCCCAAACAGCACGACCAGCGAGUCAGAGACAUCCAGAGACAGGUGCGAGAAUGGAAAAAAGAGGGGGGAAAGAAGAAAUAUAUGUGCACAGGUCGUCCAGGAUGGUUGACUGUGUCCCUCAGGGUGGGAAAAUACAAGAAGACGCACAAGAACAUCAUGAUUAACAUGAUGGACAUCCUGGAGGUGGACACAAAACGGCAGGUGGUGCGUGUUGAACCUUUAGCUAACAUGGGUCAGGUGACCGCUCUGCUCAACUCUAUUGGCUGGACACUGCCUGUGUUGCCUGAACUUGAUGACCUCACAGUUGGUGGGCUGGUAAUGGGAACAGGCAUUGAGUCUUCAUCUCACAUCUACGGCCUGUUCCAGCACAUUUGUGUGGCCUUUGAGCUGGUGUUGGCUGAUGGUAGUCUGGUCCGCUGCACUGAGAAGGAAAACUCUGACCUGUUCUAUGCCGUUCCUUGGUCCUGCGGGACUCUGGGGUUUCUGGUUGCGGCGGAGAUCCGGAUAAUUCCAGCUCGAAAAUGGGUGAAGCUUUGUUACGAGCCUGUACGAGGCUUGGAUGCUAUUUGCAAGAAGUUUGCAGAGGAAUCAGCCAAUAAGGAGAACCAGUUUGUGGAGGGACUGCAGUACUCUCGGGACGAGGCCGUGAUUAUGACGGGCACCAUGACAGAUUAUGCAGAGCCUGACAAGACUAACUGUAUAGGUUACUAUUUCAAGCCGUGGUUCUUUCGGCAUGUGGAGGGUUUCCUCAAGCAGAACCGUGUAGCAGUGGAGUACAUUCCUCUCCGGCACUACUACCACAGACACACCCGCAGCAUUUUCUGGGAACUACAAGACAUCAUUCCGUUUGGGAAUAACCCGUUGUUCAGGUAUGUGUUCGGCUGGAUGGUUCCUCCUAAGAUCUCUCUGCUGAAGCUCACACAGGGAGAGACCAUCCGCAAACUGUACGAGCAGCACCAUGUGGUGCAGGACAUGCUGGUCCCCAUGAAACACAUCAAGAGCUCCAUCCUUCGCUUCCACGAGGACAUACACGUGUAUCCUCUGUGGCUGUGUCCCUUCAUGCUGCCCAAUCAGCCGGGAAUGGUGCAUCCUAAAGGAAAUGAAGAUGAACUGUAUGUUGAUAUCGGAGCGUAUGGGGAGCCCCAAGUCAAACACUUUGAAGCCAAAUCAUCCACGCGCCAGCUGGAGAAGUUUGUUAGAGAGGUUCAUGGAUUCCAGAUGCUGUAUGCUGAUGUAUACAUGGAACGACAGGAAUUCUGGGAGAUGUUCGAUGGAACACUGUAUCAUAAACUCAGAGAGCAGCUCGACUGUAAAGAUGCAUUUCCUGAAGUAUUUGACAAAAUCUGCAAGUCUGCAAGACACUGAAUCAAAGCAAACCUGAAAGGUGUGACCAGCAAAACGGCCAAAUAAACUGUACAACGCUUUUGCUGAAGAACAUGAGCAAAUUGGGGCAGAUACACUUAAAGGGCAAAUACUCUUAUUUCUUGAAGGAACACCAGCUAAGUUUCAAAUUCAACCCCUUUUUCAACUCUAUGUCUGUAUUUGAGACAAAAAAAAAAUAAAGGCCCUUAU